AUGUCCACCCAGCUUGUAGUAGGCGUGCAGAGCUCACUCCCCGUGCAUCUGUCCGACUCUGCACCUUUGACACAGUGGCCGGGCAUGCACGGUGCUCCGGGCCAGGACGAAGGCAACUACCUUGCCGUCCUAUUCCUAGCCUGGGCGUAUAUCCUGUCUGCGCGGUGGGCGGAGAUCAUGGAGGGGGUGUCCGGGUGUACAGUUCCAUCUUCUCCUGCCGACGAGAAUCAAUCGGAUGGCCAACCCGGCGAUCACUAUACCGCUGCAAUCGAGCUUGGCUACGAAACCGACGCCGACGAAACAAACUGGCGGAGAUCCAUCCUCUCCGGAACCAGUGAUUCCAGCCCAAGAACAGCAGAGUACAACCACCGGCCCUCCCUCUCCCCCUGGUCCGUCAGCCUCGGUCAACCAUCCCGCAUCGCUGUUACAGACCACCAACUGCCCAUACCCAAACACAACAAUCCACCACCAUCAUCCCACACAGCCCUAGAAUACCUCACCCGCUUCAGCACCCACCACCGCUUCCACGCCCAAACCUCAGCAGCCCUAGCAGCAGCCCUAGCAGCAGCCCUCUAUAUCCCUUUCCUCCAGGGCAAGGGGAAAUCAAUCACCCUCCCAAUCCCUCACCAAGCCCUUCUCCUUUCCCCACUACUCACUGCCCACCCCCACACAAACGCAACUCAGUGCAAGUCUCAACCCAUCGCAAGUCACGCCCUCCUACCAUAUUACAUGACCCUCAGCACAAACCCAUGGGGCAUCCGCUCCCUCCUGCACAGCAGAUUCUCCGACGCCGAUAUAGAAUGCAAUCUCGUCAGCGCGUGGCUCCACCCCGCCUUCGCGGUCAUGCACCCACCAAUCCACGCCAACGACCUACCUGCUCUGUUGAGCGUCCUCGCGCAUCGAGCGCCCAGACUCGGUGGCUUAUGGCUCGGUGCAUUUAUUGAAGACGUUGCUGGAUCCAUUCUCCGGGAUGUGCGGGAUGGGAUGGCGGCGCUUGAUUUGAUUGCUGAGGCGCUGUCGGAGGUGGCUACGCGUGGGAUCUUCGGCUGGCUGCGCUCGAGGGGCUAUCCGGCGAGUGAGAGGGCCAUUUAUCAGCACGAGUGGCUGGCUUUGGCCAGUUCGGACGAUGAGCAUGAGCAUUAG